AUGUCAAAUGCUGAAGCAAGUAAAUUGUACGAGACGAUAGUGGAGGAUGUGAUAUCGGAUUCACGACAAGAUUUUGAGAAUAUGGGGAUAGAUGAAUCAACGCUUCAGGAGUUGCGUAAGAUAUGGUGUGAGAAGUUGAGCCAGUCUAAAGUUUGUAAAUUUUCCUGGGAUGACAAUGAUGAUGAUGAAGAGCCAGAGUAUAGUGCUGAACUACAAUUGCAACCACAACCACUAGCAAAUUCGAAUUCGAAACCGGUAGCGGAUCUUUCCGCUUUGCAGCAAAAUAACGGCAACGUGGUGGCUCCACUGGUUGGAGUCACGGAGACGGUAGCCGUCAAGAACGAGAACAAUGGCGGUGCAGCUGAACCUGACCCAUUGAGUUACAACAACAACCUCGGAAUCGAGAUACCUUCAAUCGCCACAACAACGACAACAAAGCAAGAACCAGAAAACGACAACAACAACCAAGACCAAGACGAAAACGGAGAGAAGGAAAUAGAAGGAGAUAUCAAUCUGACCCAGCUGAAUUCCGUCGACGGGUUGCUUCUCCCGAAAAUCAACCAAACGGACGGCACAUUUGAGCUCACCAUCCACUCAAACUCAUCUGACGCCCUCGCCAUAAUGGACCAAGUGCGCCAUCACAAGAUGAAAACCCAAGCGAGGCGAAGGACCCUAUAUCAAGUUGACGGUGCGCUAGAUGACGACGACGACGAUGAUGACGACGACGAUGACGAUGACGCUGAUAUCUUUAACGAUUCAGAUGAUAUCAACUCCGAUUUGGAUGACGAUUUGGAGAGCGAGAAGAGCGACGAUGAAGACGGCGACCAAGAAGGGCAAAUCAUGUUGUGCUUAUAUGAUAAAGUGCAGAGAAUUAAAAAUAAGUGGAAACUGAAUUUGAAGGAGGGGAUUGCUAAUAUCGAUGGCAAGGAUUAUGUAUUUCAUAAAGCUACGGGAGAGUGUGAGUGGUAG